GCAGAAUCGAAAGUGAUCUGCAGCUCAGAACCGGUGCGCUGCUGACUGGUGCACAGGUUCCUGUAGACCAGCUGCCCAGGAGCGUGGCAUACCUCUGUGAAGAACCUGGCCAGUGUCGGAGAUGGCAUCCAUAGGGUGCAGUUUAUUACCUGCCAACCCCCCUGCCGCCAAGGGGCUGCCUUUGGCCGGGCUCUAUGCCCAGGUGGACCUCUGCCUGGGCUGUUCCCGUUGCUCCCAGCGCCUCAAUGAGAGCACUUACGUCCUGCAUGAGGUGGAACACAACUGUCCUGCUGAGAUCUUGCUGGCCCGCUGCAAGCCAUAUGUCAAGAGCAAGGUCUGGCGCAAGGUAGGCCGCCGGCCCAGCUUCCCGAGGCCUAUGCGCUAUGAGGUCUGCCGUUACUACAGCCCUGGGCUGGGCUGCCGGCGCCAUCGGAAUCAGUGCACCUUUGCCCGAAGUCCGGAGGAGGCACUCGUCUGGACCUUCGAGCGUAAGCACAGCCUCUCCCGCCUGUGUCUGAAGGCUGCUGUGCAGGGCACCAAGGGUGAGCCUCAUGGAGCAGCCGAAACCAUCCGCACGGAGUUUGGUGGCUGUUUCCAAUUGCUCUGUGCCCACUGCUUCAGGUGCUCUCCCCCAAGCAUCUGCCCCAUAGACCCCCAGGGGCAGUGUCCCAAGCAUGGAGCCUGCCCCUCGCUCCUCAUCCACGUGAGCACCGAGGGCCGAAAGCAGCAGUAUGUAGAGGUGCGGCCACAACCCCAGAACCGAAAGCAGCUAAACUAUUGCAUGUUUGUGGAGCGUGGGCAGCCAUGCCGCCACGGGGCAUCACGUUGCCAGUAUGCACACAGCGCUGUGGAGAUGGCUGUGUGGGGAGCUGAACGGCUGGGUGGGCUCCAGAGGGGCGACCUGCUCGCACCUCCUGCCCUCAGGGAGGACAAAUGCACAGCUGCCUGUGACCAACCCUCAGGCGUCCUGCUGUAUUGCCACGCCUGCCUAGUCACCUGCCGCUCUCCGGAGGCCUUCGAGAACCACUGCUUCUCCCUGGAGCACGCUCAGAUGGUUGCCUUCGACCAGGCUGUGCCGUGGGAGUACCGUGUACCACCCAUGGGGCUCUCCAAGUUUGAGCUCUGCCCUAGGCCUGACCUCUGCGAGUAUGGGGACAUCUGCACCAAGGCGCACUCAGCACAGGAGCUUCAGGAGUGGAUCCAGCGGACGCAGGCCAUGGAGCUGCGAGAGCAAGCAGCUUGGCAGGAUGGGCUAGUGCCCUAUCGGGCUCGGCUCCUGGCUGAGUACCUGUCCAGCAGCAGCAAGGUUCUAGUGCUGGCUGAGACCAUCCAUGGGGUAUCCAUCACCUGCCACCAACCCCUGGUACUCAAUCAAGCCCAGGAGAAGGCCCAGCACACCUGGACAUUCACCAUCCACUCUGAGGAUCCCUUGCUACAUGUGGCCCUGCUCAAGCAGGAGCCCGGAGCAGACUUCUCACUGGUGGCCCCCCACCUCCCACCUGGCCGGCUGUAUGCACAGGGUGAGCGCUUCUGUGUGCCCCACUCCCCAGCAGAAUUCCGGGUGGGGGUGCGUGUGCGGGCCGCCUCCUUUGGCACCUUUGAGCAAUGGGUGGUCUUUGACUUUUGGCCGCCGGCCUCUCCUGGUCAUCCCGAGGAGCUGGAUCGGUGGGACACACACAACCGCCAUGUAGUGCCUGGCGUGGAGCGGACAGCUGAGCAGGUGGCUCUGAUGGCCAAGUACAAGAUGCCCACCCUGACCCUGGAGCCCAGUUGCCAAGGUCUGACCUCGGGCCCCAUCUCUCACACCAACUAUCGGCAGAUGAUGCACCACUUCCUCUAUGAGGAGGAGAUGGCUCAGCAGCAGCUAGUAGCCAAGCUGACCCUGAGGGGCCAGGUGUCCCUGAAGACUGUGCUACAGACACCAGCACUUGGCAUGGUCUUCGCUCCGCCAGGAUCUCUGUAUGCUGAAGUCCCUGUCCCUUCCUCUCUGAUGCCAGACUCAGACCAGGGCUUUCUGCUGGGCCGGGCAGUCAGCACAGCCCUUGUGGCCCCUGUACCUGCACCUGAUGACACUGUGUUCGAGGUGCGGCUGGAGACACGGGCCAGUUCAGAGCAGGCCCUGUGGUUGCUGCUGCCAGCACGCUGCUGCAUGGCCCUGGGACUACAGCCUGAGGCCAGCCCCAUCUUGGAGGUGCAGUUCCAGAUUGACCCCCUGACCUUCCGGCUCUGGCACCAGGCAGUGGACAUGCUUCCUGAAGUGCGCCUGGUGGUGCCUGACCUGCCUGCCUGUGUCCUGCCCCGUACCUGGCCCAUCCCGCCUGCAUUUUGUGGCAACCGCAAGCAGAAGCUGGCCAUGGGGCUGAUUGCGCGGUAUCAACCCUGA